AUGCGUGUCUCACUCCGCCCGGAGCUUGUCUCCGACCUGAAUGUCUGCAAUGUCCGUUGGUCCGUGAAGGGCAACGAGUUCGACAAAUAUCCAGCCAAGCAGCAUGCGCGUAGGGUCGCGACGAAGCUGGGGGUUUCCAGCGGUCUUAUCUAUCUGGCCGGCACGCCAACAGUCAACUGGGGCGAUUCCGAUCAACCACGGACCUUCCGACAGAGACGCUACUUCUACUACCUCGGCGGAGUCGACGAGCCCGAUUGCUUCCUGACCUACGACAUCAAGAAAGAUUUGUUGAUUCUCUAUGUUCCCGACUUCGAUCUGCACCGGGCGAUUUGGAUGGGCCCGACCCUGACCGCCGAUGAGGCUCAACGGCGGUUCGAUGUAGACAGAGUACGCUACUACGCCUCCCUGAACAGCGAUAUUACGUCUUGGGCCAAAGAGUACAACGACACCACGCCCGUGUAUGUUCUCCAUACAAGCCAGCAACCCGAGCUACCAGACAUUAAGCUUCGAGUAGACGAUGAGUGCCUUCUCCCUGCGAUGGAUGCGGCUCGAGUGAUCAAGGACGACCACGAAAUCCAAUUAAUCCGCCAGGCCAACAUUAUUUCCGGUCUGGCGCAUCGGAAUGUGCUAGAGAAAAUCCACAAGAUGACCAACGAGGCGCAGAUCGAGGGUCUAUUUCUGGACACAUGCGUGUCCCAUGGCGCGAAGAACCAAGCGUACGAGAUCAUCGCCGGUUCGGGCCCCAACGCCGCCACCCUCCACUAUAUCAAGAACAACGAACCUCUCAAGGGACGACAGCUGGUCUGUCUAGAUGCGGGGGCGGAAUGGGAGUGCUAUGCGAGCGACGUCACCCGGACCUUUCCGCUGGGCGCGGACUGGCCCAGUGCGUACGCUCGCGACAUCUAUCAACUCGUAGAGAAGAUGCAAGAGGAAUGUAUCAGGCGAAUCAAACAGGGGGUGCGGUUUCGGGACUUACAGACCCUGGCCCACGACAUCGCCAUUGAAGGGUUGCAACGGCUUGGCGUACUCAAGUCUGGCACCGUAGAGGAGAUCCGUCAAUCGGGGGCGUCGGCAGUCUUCUUCCCCCACGGACUGGGACACCACGUAGGACUGGAGGUCCACGACGUCUCGGAGAAGCCAAUUACGGCGCAGGGCCAGCGGCGGGGAAGACGUGACUUGGUGCCGCCCACCAACCUGUCGUUUCCGGUGCUGGAGGAAGGCAUGGUGGUGACGGUCGAGCCCGGCAUUUACUUCUCGCAGCUGGCGUUGGCCAACGCUCAGAAGCAACCGCUCGCGCGCUACAUCGACUUCGUCGAAGCGGUGAAGUAUAUCCCCGUCGGUGGGGUGCGCAUCGAGGACGACAUCCUGGUGACGAGGACGGGAUACGAGAACCUGACGACGGCGCCAAAAGGGAAGGCAAUGCUGGAGAUCAUCCGUCGCGGGAUCGACAAUUAG